UUCUUCCUUCGAAUAACAAAAAACACAGCAUGCUACAGCUAUAAUGGUUGCUAAUUUUCUAUUCAUGCACGGACCAUAUGCUCUUCCAUUCAACAAACAAAAACUGUAAUGAUGCGGCAGUUAUACAUGCUGGUUAUCAUUUGUUUUGAUAAAAGGACAAUUAACCUAUGCACGCUGAUCGCAUCUAUUUCCUAUAUAUAUAGACACAUAUUUCCACUGGUAUAAUAGAACACAUCGACGUUGAACUUUCAGCAGCACCUACGCAGCAGGUAUGCUUUCCUUAUUAGCCGUCAUGUUUUCUUCAUUGCAGUAUUACUUUUUCAUAACUUUUUGAUUUGCUGCUCUUGAGGCGAGGGUCUCUCUGAAAUAGCCUCUCUACCUCCACGAGGUAGGGGUUAGAUCUGCGCAGACCUAACUUGUGGAAUUACAUUGAGUAUGCUGUUGACUGCCUCAUUUGUUUUGUAUCUGCUUUAAUUUUUUGCUAUUUCUUUUCUCACAAUUGUGCGCCUGUUACUUGUCUUUUGAGCUAAGGGUCUAUCAGAAACAACCUCUCUACCUCACAAAAGGUAGGGUAAGGUCUACAUACAUUUUACCCUCCCUACACCCUACUUGUGGGAUCUACUGGAUUUCUUGUUGUUAUAUAUUGUUGUUGUUGACGUUGAACUUUCAGCAAAUUCCAGAGAGAAAUGGGAAACGCGAACACCGGAACUAAAGAGAGGCGGAUGCCAAAGAGGAUCAUACUGGUGCGGCAUGGUGAAAGUGAGGGUAACGUAGACAAAAAUGUCUACGCCACCGUACCUGACCAUAAAGUCCAGCUCACAAAGAAAGGCAAAGAGCAAGCAAAGAAAGCUGGGGAACUUAUACGCGGCGUGGUUGGAAACAACAACUGCAAGGUGUAUUUCUAUAAUACAGGCUUCGUGGAAUCACUAUGGAGGGAUAUAGACAUGGACAAAAUUCCUCACAGUGCCAACGACAACCUAAAUAUUGUUAUAAUAAGUCACGGACCUACCGUUGGAGUUUUGCUCGUGAGAUUCUUCAGAUGGACAGCAGAACAAGUGGAAAACCUAACAAGUCCAAAAAAUGCUGUGGUUCGAAUAAUGGAGUUAGGACAUGAGGGUGAGUAUACUCUUGCAUUAUAUCAUGAUGAUCAAACAUUAGAAAAAUGGGGGUUGUCCCCUGAAAUGAUUGUUGAUCAAAAGCAGAGGGCAUUUGGUCAUAAGGUUGACCUUGACAAGUGCUUCUUCACUAGUUACUUUGAGAAAAAUAACGUGUAACCAAUAAAUCAAUAUUUAUCACGCUGCUUUUCAUUUGACUGCGUGUUUUGUAUGAUUGUAUGGUGUAAUACCAUUGGACCUAUUUUAGUUUUAAUUGGCUUGUUCAAUAAAA